UUGUUACUACGAAAAUCUAUUAUUCUCCUAUCGUUUCCUAGAUGCCAUCGUACGAAUGGGGAAUGCAGAAAACUCCGUACAGUCCAAGACCUGAAAUCGUCGCGGACACGAUGCGUCGUAACAUUAAUCGUAAUUUAAUGGUGCAGACGAAUGACAUCUCGACGAUCGAUCAAAAGCGCAUGAAGGAAAUUGAUGAUCUGUUCAAAUUAGUGCAGCUUCAACGUAGCACGUACAAGGACCGUACCGAUACUUUCCAUCCUUUGGUGUUCUUUACCUCCGAUGAAUACGAAUAUCAAUGUGCACCAGGAAUGACGCUAUCGUACAUCUUUAAAUACCCAAUGAAUUACAUCGAAUACAAAAUUCCAACGGUUUUACCUCUUACGUACGAAAGAAGGAAACAAACGCCAUAUAUUCCAGACUUGUCUCUUACCGGAAUAUACACUAAAAAAGCUUGCAUCGCUUAUAAACGAUGAGCGUCAACGUGUCCAUUCAUGUUG